AUGGCAAUGUUUCAAAUCAUAACGCAAGAGGGAUGGACAGAUUUCGUAGUGGAAGUGCUACGUAUGAUUGACGAUAAUUUGGUGCCAUUUGUAGCCAUCUAUUUUGUGGCCUAUCAUCUUUUCGUCACUCUGAUUGUCCUUAGCCUUUUCGUUGCCGUGAUACUUGAUAAUUUGGAAAUGGAUGAAGAACUGAAGAAGGUAAAGCAGCUGAAAGCUCGCGAAGCGGUGAGGCGUUGUGUCGCAUUUUAG